AUGAUUCCCCAAUGCAGCAAUAUCAUCUAUUUUAUUAUCAUUACCCAUGAUGUUCAACACCUUGCUCGAAGUGACAAUAAAUCUUCAAAGAGGCCAACAACGCUUGGGGUGAGCUUGUGUCGAUACUGUUUAAAGCACGUGGAGAAAACAGCAAUUGCAGACAACACAUUAAUGACCGCGGUGGGAUUUUUAAUUCGAUUCGGUGCAAGCAGUCAGGCGUUCGACCGAUUUAUGUCGGCAUUAUUAGAAAAGGAAUGUAAUGUAAACUUGUUGUCGGUGUGCUUCAUAGCGGAAGAUUUGGUUCGAACAGGCAAACGAAGGUUUGUAGCCACGCAGUUUUUAGUUCAUUUUUCACAACGGAAUUGCUUAGACGAUUUGCCAGCUGUGGCAUUGUUCUCCUUACUAAGUUUCUUUUUGCGGGACGCCGAACGGGUGGCUCUUGGAUUAACUCGAGCAGAUAUGAUGAUUACCCUUGUGUGGUCAUCGCUUAUUAUUAAACUGGUGCAGCUUCCAGAAACUAAAAAGCUUUGGACUCUGGUAGAGCCAGUACCUGUGGAAUCAAGGUCGUCGUUGUUGUGUUUUCUUGGUGAAAGUGGAUUGAUAGAAAAGUCUUCCGUAGCUGAACUUUUGCCACCUGUUUCUACGGUUUUAAGCUGGCAGCUGGAUUCAAUAAACGGUGUCUCUGUUACCAUUUUUUUUUUUUUACAAAUGGUAAAAAUGUCUCUUGCUAGUCGUGGAAUCUAUGAAAACACUACCGCUGUAGUUGUGGCGAGGGGGGAAGGGGGGGAUUUUGAAUAG